UGGUGAGGAACCUAUGGGGUCUUGUCCAGAUGCACGACGGGGCGAUGACGUCACAGCACUAGCGGUCCAGGACGCUCCGGCCUCGCCAGGAAUUUGGGACUAUGUCUUUGUCAGUUUGUUCCCACAAAUUUAACGUUAGGGCUCUAUUGACUGUGGAAGUGAAUCAGUAAAGCUGACACCAUGAUGUCCCUUCCGCAAUGGAAGCAAGUUUUGGUUGAGCAGCGCCAAAGAAAGGCUGCGGAGGAGAGGCGACGACAAGCCGAACAAGAAGCUCGCUUGAACCGGAUGCCUGCCUGGAAGAGGGAUAUCUUGGUCAGGAAAAAGUCUCGAAGUGACCCAAAGUCUUCUCCUGUCGAUUCUGCUGACCAUAAUGUGAUCCCGUAUGAAGAUUCGGGUCCCCCCAGCCGUACAGGUGUGUUGGAGCAGAACGGUGAGUCGUCGCUAGGGGAGGGCGGGCCGUCUGACACCUGCCGCACCACACACGGGUGGAAGGAACAGGGUGUGUCUGAGGAAAAAGUCGUCUCGGUGCAUGACAAUAUUUUCGUUAAAUGGCAAGCGAGGAACCGCUCACCUUCAAACGACAGGAACGACACUCUAGUAGCGCACAGUGGGCAACACAAACCGCACAGUCCAAGGGGGGUGGGAAUCCCUAACAACGUAAUAAUUAUAGAGAAAUAUGGCGGAUCCGGAUAUGAUCGCCAAGCAGAUGUUGGGAAAGAGAGUGUACAAGGGGUGGGACCUGCAGGAAUGGAGAGGCCGCCGGCUCAGACUGUGUUUUCCCUCCUUCGCGAUGCCAAGCCUGAACGAGAAGUGAUCAUUAUCGAGAAGGACGACACGGAGGACAAAUCAGUGCCGUGCACGUUGAGCGGAAAAGUCAACAGACUGAGGGGCAAAUUUGGUGAUGAACCCCGGGACAGAGCAGACGUGCUGAGUGCCACCAGAACAAAAGUACCAGAAACUAUGAAAUCAAACACACGGCAAAGGAAGGGCCAGAAGUCAAGUCUGUCUGCGGCGGGAAGCAUGGACAGUCUACUAGAUGUUGUACAACAGCCAACUCACACUCAAAACAAGAAAUUUCACUAUUCAAGCUGUGAAAAUCUGACUGAGCUGGAUACGCUUCCACCUUAUGUCAUUCCGAAAUCAGGAAGUGAUGAUAGCGUCACAGUGGACACAACUCCAAACAUCAGACCAAGGUCGCUAUCACAGUCCAAAAUGAUUGAUACCGUGGAACCAAGAGUAAGAAAGACAGGGAAAGUCAAGGUAGAAAGUACUGAGCCAAUAUCACAGCAAAAAACAAGAGAAGCACCCAAGGAUCAGGUCACAAAUUACCGUUUGCAUGGUGACAGAAGCAGCAAGCCAUCACUGAGGGUUCGACCUGUCAGUGUCACGAGGAGUGUACCUGGUGGGGAGAACCAUGUCCAUUUGGCUGGACAAAGUCAUGCUGCCAAAGUUAAUAAGCAAGAGAAGAAAAUCUCAUUAGGCAAUGAGCUGGGCUCAACAAGAAGGGAUGCUGGUACUCUUCCACACAGCAAAAACUUACCAGAAGAAGGGAUUCAAAUCAUCCCAGCAAAGGCAAACUCCAGUGCUAAGGAUACGGAAAACCAGAAUGACCCCGUGGCUGCUGCUAUAGCCAGUAUCAAAGCACAGUCCAAAAAUACAUUCAUAGUGCAGCCAAGGAGGCCUGCUAGCAAGCACACGGAGACAAAGAACAAAGACACUGAACACAGAAAGAUAAAGGAACCAUCUCACCACAAAGACAAUGGACCAAAAGAAGAUGUCAAGACUCCAGCUUUACCUCUUCCCCUUCAGUCAAACAAGAAACAAGACUCUUCCAGAAAAAAUAACAAUGUAGAGCAGAAGAAUGAUACAUCCUUUGUCAUUAGGCCGCUUACUCAAGUUCUGAAAGAAAAUCCCAGUGGAUAUCAGUCAGAGAAGGUAAGAAAGUCCUCAGAGAAACAACCCAACAGCAAGGAACAGAAAGGCAACAUCACAUUCUCUAGUAGUCCUACAGCCAAAGCAGUUGUUGAGCCAAGAGAUAGACCUCAGUCAAACCUACAUGCAAACAGCACCUUUCUGCAGCAGGACAGUCAAGAUGCUCCCUCGGAAAACAGGAAAGCACAGCCUGGACGGAAAAAGGCACCGGCACCACAACCGCCGUCUGUAGUCGGUGUGAACGCACAGGGAACAGAGAGGAGCCAGGCAGUCCAGGUGAAACCAGGCACACAGGAGAGAGAAGAGCUGCCCACUACCAACAUUGAUGAUGUGGAGAUAUCAACUAAGUCUCAGAACAACAACAGUGUCCAGUCAGCAAAGACAGGUGACCAAGCUCCGACCAGAAUGAUGCAAUCUUCACCAGCAGGAUCAGAAGUUUCCAAGACUGCCAGCCCCCCAUCUCUGGAUGUGUCCCCCAUUGCUCCCCCUCGGCACAAAGGCACCGUGAGGAAGCUGACUGUAGCUGAUUAUGUUGUUAUUGGAGGAUAUGAGAAACUGGGCAAGUCAUCUAUAUCCAAGGGAGAGAGCAAGAAGCUGAAGAUCUCCUUUAAUGAUUCUCCCACCACCUUUGAGUACCCCUCGGAGCAGUCUCUGCUGGAGGAGGAUGAUGGGAAGGGUGUUCAGGCUCCGGCAGGACUCCGCACUACACCCAGUCUCACCACAGCAGCAGGGGACAAGGUGUCAGGUGGCCUGCACUCAUAUCAGCCAAGCCAAGUGACAUCUGAUGUAGUAGCCGGACAGCAGCGCUCGGUGGCCAGCAAAGCUCCUGAGGCCAGCCAGCCAGCAGCUGAAGCACGCCCCGUGGAAAUCUUUGCUGUGAAACCUUUAGCUGACAGUGAAGCUCCCAUGUGGAGCAGUAGUUCAUCCAUGGCAAGUGCUUUACUAUUCUAAGACUUUAACUCCCCCCUCUCUUGGUGCACGAUUAGAAUAACAUGAAAUUUAACCAUACUCUUUCUAAUUCAAAAGGGAAAAAUAUAUGUUAGAAAGGUUCAGAUAUUAUCUCGACUUAUCAUGAUCUUGGAUAGGACAUCCUCCAACACAGAUUCAAACCCGCAUCCUAGUCCUCCACUCAUUUCAUACUCUGCUUAGGCCUACGAAAAAAGAAGUUGUGUUCCUGUUUUUAGUCCUGAAAAAAUGAAGGUCGGUAGGUAGAGAUUUUGUUUUUUUCUUUGGUUUUUGUAGACUUUGGCCCAAACUAAAAAAUAGAGAUACAAUAUAGUUUAACAAUGCAUAAGGACACGUAUUAUUUUCAAUGUCAAUGUUCAAUUUUGUACAUAUUGGUUAUGAAUAUGUGGAUGAGCAUUUUUUGUUUACUUGCAUAGCAAGCAGGCUGAAAAGAAUGCCACCUGGAAACUAUGUGACUCCACUGCCCACCACGAAAAAGUCUAGGGUCGGCAGUUUUUUCUAGGGUAAGUUGGGAAACAGGAAACACAACAUUUUUUCCUAGGCCCUAUGUGCCCUGCCCUACCCACUAUUGAAGGCAUUUCCACUUACCAGCCAUCAGCCAAUGAGAGGAUAUGCCAUUGUGUUGUCCAAAGGAAAAAGCUUGUGCUGAAUAAGGCAUACUCAUUAAUAGUCAUGAUGUUUAUAAACAUGCUAGUAUCACAGCUUUCCACCAAGGUGGCUGAUGCUCCUUUCUGCAUCCAAACUUGUUCAUCAGGUACCAAAUUUUAGAUCAGUGAUAUUUGUGUGAUCACGACAUCACUGAAUGCUACCUGAAAACACUUAAAAACCAUCAUCCUCUUGUUAAGAAAAACAACAAAUAAUGCCUGACAUUGAUAUUUGUAAGCAAGACAGGUCAAUAGUGCAUCGGGCAGGAUAAGUAAGCAGAGGUGAAUCUUGAGAAGUUCUGCAAUGCAGAUUCAGCACUGCAACAUUACCCCAAAUCCACCACAUCUAUGUGCAAGCACCUCUUACCCUUACUUAGAAUAGAGAGUGGCUGGUUCCAAAUUUCAAAUCAUUUGACAGAAUUUCAAGAUAAAAGAUUUUUGUAUGAAAUAGCAGAAACAAUGUUUUGAAGGUCUGCAUAUAGAUAAAAACAUUGAAGCUAAUGUCAAGACUAAUUUGAAUGCUUUUAUUUCCAUUCUACAUGUACCACCAUUCCAUCUUCUAGGUCAUAUGGCUUUAAUUUCGUAAAAUAAUGGCUCAAGCUGUACAUUUUAUAUUGUAUAAAUGCAUUAGUUUGAAAUCGUGAGAUGUCUGGAACAGCAUCAUCUGUAGCACCUCAUACAAUGAGGAUGAGCUGAACUGAAGUUGAAAUCAUUAUAGAUCUUGAUUCUUGAAGGAUACAAGAAAGUUAAAGUCAUAUUUUCAAACAAGUCCGAAAAUAAAUUUCAGGUCAUUUGGUUUAAUAGUGUGAAUUUGUGACACAGGAACCAAGAUACAGUAUACAUUUUAUGGAUGGCCAUUUUUACGGCCUUUGCACAUACUCCAUUUGGUCCAUGAAAUGCAUGAAUGAAAGCAUUGCACCAUUCAGAGAUACACAUUUUGUGAGAUGGGAGUGGAAAACACCCAAGGCCGUGUAAAAGCUGUACACUGUACAUGUAUGCCAAACACAGGACAGUUGUCACCCAAUCAAAGAUAUUUGUACCAAGUCAUAGAGUUAGCUGUUUGAGAUCUACUGACAGUUCUUAUUCAUGAUAAUGCAGCACCUCGUUUUUACACAUAAGCACAACAUUGUUUGAUACACCCUUACACAAUGUAUAGUUAGUCACCUAGGAAUGAAUGUUAUGUUACCUAGCCAUUUCAGAGGGUAAUUUGUCACAUCUGUGCCUUGUCUGUAGUGAUUAUACCUGAGACAAAUGGGUUAUGUACUGAUGUAGGACAGCACUUUUGGUCAUACAGAAAUCAGUACUGUCAAGAUGAACAGAAAUGCCAAUUUGUUACAAAUGACUUUGACGUCCUGUGAAAAAAAGUGCAUUUGUCUCAGUGAAAAUACAGACACAACAGCGAAGAUAUAGUAAACCACACAGUUCUAGUGUAGCCUUGGAUGAACAUGUGCAAGUUCAAUGAACCUGCACUUAGCUGAAGUGUGACAUUCAGACUGAUUCGCUUACAGUUGACACUUACACCGUAGGGCAGAAAGACAUGUAGCUGAAACAGAUCUUGAAAAAUUUGGCAGAUUUAGAACUGAAAGGAAAGAAAAGAUGAGACCAAAGCUACUUAAGCUUAACCUUACCUUCUUUGUUUUCCUAACAAGAUCUUGAACAUCUCUGUUAUGUGAACAGUUAUUUUAACCAUUACUAUAUAGAUCCAACCAUCCUAGGAGUGCUUAUUUCCAAACGGUAGCCUUCUAACUUUUCAUGUCAUAUCUUUAAUAUGAAUUGGACUGUACAAUUGUACCACUAGGUCCAGAUCAAGCAAUACCGGUAGCUUAUAUAAUGCUGAAUCUUUGGCACUACUGCAUAAAAUUAUUAUUCAUCAUAUGAUGAAAUGUGGAGUGAAUGUUUUACUGAGGUGAUGCACCUGUUUGAAUUGAAUUAUCAUCUUCAAUAGAAAGUUACCGGUAUCCAGUUGUGUAGUGGUCUUUUAUUGAUUGAAAAAAAAAAAUGUUAUGCCCUACUAAAAGUGUGCUGAUAGGACGUAAUGAUUUAGCUGUGGCAUAUGGAUUUUUCAAGGUACUGUAUAUUGGUAUACAGAUAUAUUGUUUUCAUCAGUACUGCCCAGCCUUUAAGUAGGGGGUUGAUCACUUUGUAAAGUUUGCCAAAAUAGUGGGAUGCAUCAAAACUUGUUAAUUUUUGCCCGCCUCCAUUGCAAUAGCUGCAAAGUCUGUAGGUUCCUGAUUGUGAAGAGAGUAAUUUAGUUGUUUCAGACAGUGACAUAAUGAUAGGUAACAGAUCAGGACCUAUCAUUCCUGUGUAUAUCCUAUGUACAGGUUAGUUGCACCAAUAAUUACAAGUACCAUUUUGGAAUUACUGGACCCAGUGGGUCACCAGUUAUUUGUUAUUCUGUCUCAACCAACCUAUAUGUUAAGAUAUGAUGAUUUUGCCACAAAAUUGAAUCUAUGCGAGAAACAACUUUAAACAAUUAUUGAUAUUGGAAUAAAACAUGUAAAUACAUGAACAUGUAUGUGAAACUUUGAAACUUUUUGAUUUUGUGGUUAACAAAAAUCAUAAGUGAUUGUAAUACUUGUGUACUGUGAAUUUGCCUAUAGUGUGGUAGAAUAUAUCAUGCUCAAUUAAACAUGGAGGUUUGAUUG